GUGGAUUAGUUCGAGUUUUUGCUUAGUGCUGUGUGUACUGUGUUAUAGUAUUGCAUAGUGCGCUUGGCCUGUUCACUGAAAAAUUGGUUAAGAUUGAUUUUAGUGGUGUUUAUAUAUAUUAAUUGCAAUAUCCAAUGCAAGUUUAUUUGAACCAUAUCAACUAUAAACAAAUACGACGAUUCGGGACUAGAAGCAAUAUUGGAUUACAUGCUAAACAAAAAAUGUUACCAAGUAUAUGUGGAAAAUAAUAAUAAGUACUUAAAAAACAAUACAAAUGAAAUCCUUUGAAAGUGACGGACAUUUUUCCACAAAACGUUAACAAAUAUCUCUUAAUUUGUGUAUAAAAAGUGCAAAGAGUACAAAGCCCAUUGGCCGGUCAAAAGACUGCAAUAAAUAGCAAAACGAAAUAGUAAAACAAGUGAAAUUAACACACUCACAAAAAUGCAGCAAAAUUUUUAAAAAUUUGAAGUGCAAAUAAUCACAAAGGGAAAAGCAGUAACACGUGAAGGAGUUGAAACUGACGAAUUGCUGCUGCCAGAUAAAUAAUACGGAAAAUUGUGCUACAACAACUCUCGUGUCCAUCAUACAAAAAAAAAAAAAAAAACUAACGUCCGACAUUACCCUGUCGCAAAAUUUUAAAAUCUUUUAAUUAAACACAAUUUCUAAGAAAACUACAAAAUGAUGUGGGACACAAUUGCCGAAGAAACCAACGGAGAAAUGGCUAUGGAAUUUGCAAGCUGUCAAAUGCCACACGACUUGAAUACAGUUGCAGCCGCUGCCAGCAGCAAUGGAGCGACACGUCAACGCCACCCACGGAAUAUUUUGGACAGCCCGAUUAAUGAUAUGGUUGUCGACCAUCAACUGUCAUUUUAUGGCGAUGAGGAAAAUGUUGAAGAAUCAGAUCAGCGUUCGAACGUUUUCGAUUUGCCACAACAGAUGGGUUUGCUGUCACCUGAAGGAUCGCCUUGUCGUUUCCAAAUAUUACAACAACCAAGCGUACCGAAAUAUAACCAAGACGCUAACGGUCAGAAUGGUGGUCGUCAACGCCAGUUAUUCGCAAAUCGCCUACAGAAGCUACAACAUAACAAUGCCGCCAAUGGUAGUACGCGCACACUGACACCACCGAAAAGUCUGCGCAUUUUCCACAGUUUGUCAUCUGGCUCGAUGGGGUCUUCGUCCAUGGAAGAAGAUUACAUGGAUCUUUUUGAAAUGGAAUCCCUUGGCAGUUCAAUGAUGCCAUCAAAUAACAUGCCAAAAAUCCCCAGCGAUCUAGAUUCGUUGUUUGUCGGACAAAUCAAGAAUAUAUUAUCACCUGCCCACCGUACAGUCGAACAGCCACAGUUGUUCGAACAAUUGAGAACACCUGAGAUGCGCCGUCCACCUGUGCGCCGUUGCUUAAGCAUGACUGACAAUUGUCUACCCAAGACACCAGAGACGCUGCUUAAACAAGUGCAAGAAAUUGCUACAAGCCCCUAUGGCGUUAAGCUGUUGACAACGGAACGUAACCAGAAUGCCAUCAGCGGUUGUUUCAAACGUCCCGAUCCACCAUCAAAGACCAACUCGCCGGUACUUAUUAAGCGUUAUCGCAUUGAGGCCGAAAAGGAGAAUCUCGAUGACUCGCUAACAAUGUCACUACCAGCACUGCCAGCGCCUCAACCCAAACUCAGCCAUCCUCCACCAUUGCGCAAGAGCAUGUCAAUGAAUGAUGCCGAAAUCAUGUCGGCGCUUGCACGUUCGGAGAACAAAAAUGAACCAGAUCUCAUCGGCGAUUUCAGCAAACCCUAUGUACUGCCACUAAUGGAUGGUCGUCAUCGUGAUUUGAAAUCAAUCUCCUGCGACACAAUGGCACGCCUGGUACGCGGCGAAUUCAACAAUGUUGUGGCCAACUAUCGCAUCAUCGAUUGUCGUUAUCCAUACGAAUUCGAAGGUGGCCACAUACGCGGCGCUCAAAACCUGUACACGCACGAGCAGAUACUCGAGGAGUUUCUCACACAACAAAAGACUGAAAUGGAACAGCGUAAAGCAACUAAUGAUCAUCGUCGCAAUAUCAUUAUAUUCCAUUGCGAAUUUUCAUCAGAGCGUGGCCCGAAAUUGUCGCGCUUCUUGCGUAGCACCGAUCGUGAACGCAAUACCAAUUGCUAUCCGUCACUCGACUACCCCGAGAUCUACCUGCUACACAAUGGCUACAAAGAAUUCUACGAACAUCAUUCGGAGCUGUGUGACCCGACUGCCUACCGCCCCAUGUUGGAGCCAGCGUACAACAGCGCAUAUCGUCAUUUCCGCUCCAAGACAAAGUCCUGGAACGGCGACAGCGGUUUGGGCGGCGCUACAGGACGCCUAAAGAAAUCGCGCUCACGGCUAAUGCUGUAAGGCGAUGCGUACUAGCAGCGACAGCAGCAGUGCAGCAAAUGAGUCAAAUCACAAUACGCUUGUUUAACCAACGCCGCAGCUUCAGUUCAAUAUGAAAAAAAUAUAUAAUUUUUUUAUAUAGUAGCUGAGCGGCAGGCGGGCGCGCAUGCGGUCGACGUUACUUAAAACGUCGCUAAAACGGCAGCAGCAACUGAUAAGACUGCGAAUUUGACAAGGAGUGCGGUUGGAGGGAGUACAAAUUCAUGAUUGCAGUACAAAUUCAAACGACCAGCUUUAACUAACGCUAAACUACAAAAACUACAAAGAUAAAAAAAUCACCCAAAACAA